AUGUUUGAGAGCAAGACUGAGAUACUGGGAGUAGGUGGAGAAGGUGUGGUAGACAGAAACGACAAGGGCCGGUGGGAAGAGGGAGGAUCACCUGUGGACCUGCUGCGACCCUCUGCUCGUCAACUUCUGAUCUGCCGCCUCCCGCUGGGACCUCCGCCCUCCUCCUUCGCCGGCACCAGUACCAUGGAUAGCUCCGGGAUGCUCCGCGGACUGCUGCUCGCCGGCCUGCUGUCCGUCCUGUGUCACGGCCAGGCAUCACGGGAAGUCUCCGCCGAAGAUUUUGGAGAGGAGAAACAAGAGGCAGCAGCAGACAGAGACCUGCUAGAGGCACUGGAUGUUCUGCUGGGCAGAAUACAUAAUCAAGUCUCCUCCCCUGAGAAAAGAGGAAGCAUCCCACUGUGCGGGUUGGGGAACCGGUGUGCCAUGAAGUACGGGCCUCGCAUUGGGAAGCUCUGUGACUGUGGAAGAGCCAACUGCAACUCGUACCUCCUAAAGUGCAUCUGAGGGCUUUUCUUUUGUUUCUCAUUUCUGCAGACCAAAACAUAUUCUUCAGCACAGCUUUCAUAAACCAGCGCAAGCCUAUCUCUCAACUAUUCCACACCUAAUGUCCUCAUUUAUAUUCAUAGAUGUUGUUUAGACAGUUGUUGCCUGAGGAUAAGCAUGGAUUUUGUGUUGCUGACAGUCCUGAAUAUGUUGUGUAGUAUGUAAAUGUUUCAUC